AUAUUUUUGCUGCUGAUUUUCUACUCGUUUUUCCAAGCCGCUUUUGUGGUUGUUGUUGUUGUUGUUUGAUUUUUCUGUCGCUAAACUGGUGCGUGGCUGCUGCGCAUGCGUGUGAGCCAAAACUGACCGAACGUAUAUAAGCGAUUAUAGGGCCGGGCUGGCCAACAGUCAGCCGCGUUGCUCUACAUCGAGCGUGCGUUGCGUGUGCCGUGUGCCGAUAUUUCGAAUACGUAUCAAUACGAUAUUGAGUAUACGCACCAACGAAGGACAUUCAUCGUGAAUUACCGUUGCAUUGCCACAAGGAUUACGAUUCGAUCGAACCGAUUUGUGAAGUAGUAUUUUAAAAACACAGUUAAUAUAGUGCGCUCAACUAUAUCAGAACGUUUUCAUAAGUGCAAUACCAGUGAAACUAUGAAGCUUCGACUCCUUGUGCUGCUGUGCGUGCUGCUCGGCUCAGCACUGGCAGAACCCUCGCCCACAAUCGCGCCGCCGAUUGUGCCCUGCAUUCAUGCAGGUGGUGCCGCUGGCUACUCGUAUGCGCCGCCAGCUGAGGUCAAGUUCUCCAUAACGCCCGGCGUAACCAAGUACAGUCAAACGCCCGCCAUUUCCAGCUACUCCGAGAAUGGGAAACUGUUGCAAUCGUCUGUGGGCAGCGGCCUGGCUUCGUAUGAGUCCACCGCUGGACUCUCGGGCUACUCGCAGGGCGGUCUCACGCAGAUCAACAAGUAUGUGGCGCCCGUACAGAAGACGCUGUUCACUCCCUCGGCGGAAUACGGUGGUCCCGGAAUAACCUAUGCCGAUAAGUCGCCGGCUGCCAAGUACGCCACGGUGGUGCCCUCUGGCAUUGAGCUGAAGAGCUUGGUUUCGCCAGCCCUAACCAAGACGGUGCUGACGGCGCCCAAGCUGGUGGGUGGCUACCUCCCACCUGCGCCGACCUUGACCAAGGUGUCCACCUACUCCUCGCCCGGCUACACUUACAGUCAUUCCACUCCGGGCAUUUCCAAGUCGGCUACCUACACAUCGCCCUCGGCCUCCAGUGGAGCAUACUAUGCCCCGCCGGUGACCACCAAGGUGGAGACUUAUACCUCCCCUGGCUACACCUACUCCAAGGCCACGCCUGGCUUCUCCAAGGUGGAGACCUACAGCUCACCCGGCUACAGCUACGCCCAGGCAUCGCCAGGUGUUGCCAAAAUAGCCACCUAUUCGCCUUCCAUUUCCUAUGCUGCGCCUGCGCCUGCUCUCAAGCUGGCCACCAGCUCGUCCCUGUUCUCUUCACACGGCUCCGGCUACUCGGCCAGCUAUGCGCCCGCUCUGACCAAGACCUAUUUGCCCGCAGCGCCCGCCAUUGCCACCCAAUAUAUAUCCUCACCUGCCAAGGUGGCCACCUAUGCCUCAGGUCCCCUUAGCAAGCUGAGCACCAGCUAUGGUGCCAGUGGCUCAGGCGCCGUCUCCCAUCAGUAUGUCUCCAAGCCCGCCGUGGCUACCUAUGCAGCUGCUCCUGCUGUCAGCAAGACUGUCAGCUAUGCUGCUCCUGCCGUCACUAAGAUAUCCAGCUAUGCUGCUCCGUCUAUCUCCACCUACUCCUCAGCUCCUUCAGUAGCUAAGGUGGCGACCUACAGCCAAGCUGCCGAUGUCUCCCAUCAGUAUAUUUCCAAGCCCAUCGUCGCUGCCUAUCCGGCAGCCGCUCCAACUGUGGCCAAGGUCGGCUAUGCCGCUCCUGCCGUCAGCUACGCCAGCAGUGGACAUGGCGCUGUCUCUCAUCAGUACGUGUCCAAGCCAGCGCUGGCCACAAUCUCUGCUGCUCCGGCGAUUGCCAAGGUGGCAUCCUAUGCAGCUCCAGCUGUGGCCACCUAUUCUGCCGGCCCGGCUAUCACCAAGGUCUCCUCAAGCUAUGGCAGCUCUGGCCUUGGCGCUGUCUCCCAUCAGUAUGUGUCGAAGCCCGCCGUUGCCAUCUCGGCUGUGCCCAAGGUGGCCAGCUAUGCACCUGCAUCCAUAUCCACCUACUCUGCUGCUCCGGCUGUUACCAAGGUAGCCACCAGCUAUGGCAGCUCUGGUCUUGGCGCCGUCUCCCAUCAGUAUGUCUCCAAGCCCGCUGUGGCUACCUAUGCAGCUGCUCCUGCUCUCACCAAGACUGUCAGCUAUGCUGCUCCAGCCAUCAGCACCUACUCCUCAGCUCCUUCCCUUGCCAAGGUGGCGACCUACAGCCAGGCAGCUGAUGUCUCCCACCAAUACAUUUCCAAGCCAUCCACAGUGUAUGCUGCUGCUCCAGCGGUUGCCAAAGUCGCUACCUAUGCAGCGCCUGCCGUAUCCACCUAUUCCGCUGCUCCAACCAUCACCAAGCUGGCCACCAGCUAUGGCAGCUCUGGCCAUGGCGCUGUCUCCCACCAAUAUGUGUCCAAGCCCGCCGUGGCGACCUAUGCAGCUGCUCCUGCUCUCACCAAGACUGUCAGCUAUGCUGCUCCAGCCAUCAGCACCUACUCCUCAGCUCCUUCGCUUGCCAAGGUGGCGACCUACAGCCAGGCAGCCGACGUCUCCCAUCAGUACAUCUCGAAGCCCAUAGUUGCUGCUUAUCCCGCUGCUGCUCCAGCCAUUGCCAAGGUGGCAUCCUAUGCAGCCCCAGCUGUGGCCACCUACUCUGCUGGCCCCGCUAUAACAAAGGUGUCCAGCAGCUACGGCGGCUCAGGAAUCGGCGCUGUCUCCCAUCAAUACGUCUCGAAGCCUGCGGUGGCCAUCUCUGCUGCUCCAGCCAUAGCCAAGGUGGCCAGCUAUGCACCGGCUGUGGCCACUUACUCAACGGGUCCCGUCAUCUCAAAGGUGGCCAGCUAUGCACCUGCAUCCAUAUCCACCUACUCCGCUGCUCCGGCUGUUACUAAAGUAGCCACCAGCUAUGGCAGCUCUGGUAUUGGCGCUGUCUCCCAUCAGUAUGUGUCCAAACCCGCUGUGGCUACCUAUGCAGCUGCUCCUGCUCUCACCAAGACUGUCAGCUAUGGAGCUCCUGCUGUCGCCAGCUAUGGAGCGACGCUCUCCAAGACCUACUUGCCAGCUGCGCCAGCCAUCAGCAGUUAUGCCGCUGCUCCAGCUCUGACAAAAGUAUCCACUGGCUAUGGCGGAGCCGGAGCCGUCUCCCAUCAAUAUGUGUCAAAGCCAGCGAUUGCGACCAUUGCAGCUGCUCCUGCCAAGGUGGCCUAUGGAGCGCCAGGCUUAGUCUCGACCAUUGGCACUGGAUAUGCCAGCACGCAGUACGCAUCCAAGCCAGCGAUAGCUAUUGGCGCCGUUCCAGCAGUUGCUCAAGGCUACUCCGCAUCCAAACUGGGAUUGGGCUUGGGUCUGGGCCUGGGCUACUCCACCUCUGGCCAUGGCGCCAUCGCCACUCAAUAUGUGUCCAAGCCUGGUCUGCUAACAGCUCCACUGGGCAAGCUGACAACGGGAUCAGCAAUUGGCCAAGGCAUUAUCAGCAGCACAGCCUAUGGACUCAAUGCGGGUAAAUUAGGUUUGGGUUCGGCUGGCGCACUUAAUGGCGGCUACUAUGGCGCCAUUUCGCUUGGACAUGCUGCCGUCUCGCCUGCACUCACCUACCAGGGCGCUCUGGCGCAUGGUGCUGGAUUGGCGCAGCUGGGCGCACCGCUGGCCGACUAUAGCCUGGGCCAUGGCAUUGGCGCCUUUGGCGCCGGCUUCAAUCGCUAUGCGCCCAGCGUCUCGGCGCUGAGUGCUCAGGCUCCUCUUACGCCCGCUGCUUAUCUGAAGACCGCCCCAGUGGCUCAGCCGGCGCUGCUUAAGGUUCUGCCAGAGAAGCAUCUCGAGCAUUUUGAUGCGCAUCCACGUUAUGCCUUUGAGUAUGCGGUAAAUGAUCCUCACACUGGCGACAACAAGCAUCAGCGCGAGGAGCGCGACGGCGAUGUGGUCAAGGGCGAGUACUCCCUGGUCGAGCCCGAUGGCAAUGUGCGCACCGUCAAGUACUAUGCCGACUGGGAGACGGGCUUCCAUGCCGAGGUCAUCAACAGUCGCGAUCAGGGCAAAAUUGUGGCCAAGCGUCAGACGGCGCCCAAGUCGUGAGCGCCUCCCAAUAUGCAUCAGUGACUUGUUUUGUUUGCCAGCACAACUGUAAAUAGCCUACGAUUCAAUUUUCUUCUCAUUAAACAUUAAAUGUAUUUAUGUAAAUCCCACAACAACAACAACACCACUACGACAACAACAACAACUACGACAACAGCAACAGAAUGCAAUUAGCAAAACGUAAUAGAGAGCUGCCAUCUUGCACCGGCACAUAACCGUUAUAGUUGCCCAUUCUUUUAUCUAUCCGUCUCUUUCUUGCUCAUGUGAUAAGCGUUUCCACUUGGAGUGCUUGAACUGCUCUCUUCUUCUCAUUGAACUGCGCGUUCUCAUGGAUGUCACACACACACGCACACACGUACACG